CAUGUGUAAUGGUAAACCCUCUAAAUUAUUGAGGAAGACAAAAGAAAGAAAUAAAAAAAAGAAAAGAGAAAGAAAAAAAAGAAAGGUAUAGUACCCCUUUUGUUUCGCUACUACUGUCCCAAACAAAAACCCUUCCAUCAGAAAUUGUGGUAUGAGAAUUUGCAAUAACAAAGACAAGUGAGGCAAAGUUUAAUCGACCCUUCUAAUUAACAAAACAAAGUUACAAAAUCCCAUUUAUAUUGUAGAGUGCUAUGUGCCACCACCACACUGUGUGUGUUUGUUUCUGAAUUAUUAAAAUUAAAAAAAAUAAUAUUAUAGUUUAUAUGUAAGUAAUUAAAUUGUAAAAUUGUAAACACUUCCCCCAACACAAACACAGAACACAGAACACUAGUACUCAAUUAUUUCUGUCCAUUCCUUCUUCACAUAUUGUUCUGUUCUGUCUCAGUGUUUGUGUUUUGAAAUUGUUGAAGAUGCCGCGGCCAGGGCCAAGGCCAUACGAGUGUGUGAGAAGAGCUUGGCACAGUGAGCGUCACCAACCUUUAAGAGGUUCCAUCAUUCAACAUAUUUUCAGGGUCGUCACUGACGCUCACACUCCUGCAACUAAGAAAAACAAGGAAUGGCAAGAGAAACUUCCUGUUGUUGUUCUCAAAGCCGAAGAAAUCAUGUAUUCCAAAGCUAAUUCAGAGGCUGAGUAUUCGAACCCUGAUACACUAUGGGACCGUCUUAAUGAUGCUGUUAACACAAUUAUACGGAGAGAUGAGACAACUGAAACUGGUGACCUUUUGCCCCCAUGUGUUGAAGCUGCACUUAAUCUGGGUUGCAAACCUGUGAAGACUUCCAGAAGUGAUCGGCAUAAUAACCCUAGGACAUACCUUGGUCCAAAACCUCAACAACCUCCUUCAGUGUCUCCUAAACCUGUUGUUGGGAAUUCCUUAAACUAUGCAAAAGGGACAAUUGCUUCUCUUCCGUCGAUUCCUGUAUCGGAUACUAACCAGCAUGGUCAGCAAAAUAGUAAUUAUCCUUAUGGUUUCACAUCUGGUCAUCACCAGUCAUUGACAAUGGAAGCUAAACCGUCAUUGAACAUGGGUUCUGUUUACCCUUUGUACUACGGUAGUGAACCCAGAGAGCCUCAACUAAGGACGAGCGUGAUACACAAUACCUCUUUGGAUACAAUCUUUGUUGGCAGACCGGUUAUUACUCCAGUCCCUGAGUCUUCUGGAAUUGGUCUAUUGGAAAACUCCUCCUAUGGUAGGUUCCAUCAUGUUGGUAGUAGAAUUGUACAAGAAACUGGGUUAGGCACUAAGGAGCCACCGGAUGGGCAAUGUGAUUUAUCUUUGAGGUUGGGUCAAUGUCUGCGUCCUUGUUCGAGCGGCAAAAGUAGUUCAGCAUUUGAAAUAGAUGGUGUUGGUUUAAGUCUUUCUCAUGAGGGCAAUAAGUAUAGUCAUAUGUCUUUGCAGAGAAAUAGGGAAUUAUUUCUUUACCCUAGAGGAGGAGCCGGUUAUGGUACCAUUGACUCCAAUUCUAGAGGCAAUGUACAGGGUGAAGAUCAGAACUUAGAGGCGAUGUUUCGGAAGCGCAAAGCACCUUUAGCUAACAAUGAGGAGGAUGGGCAAUUUUGCCGGCAUCUAGGGGUCCCAUCCAAUCGUUUUACGGGUAGGCCAGGUUCGUAGAUAGUCUUUCUUGUUGUGUCAUAUAUGCUUUUGCAAUUCUAGAUGAUCCAAAAUGUUGUUGAAUCCUCUUAUGUAGACUCUCUGCAUGUGUAGCUCUGCUUGUGAAAUAGUUUAGAAGCUGAGGUUGAGUUACUAGUUGCAUUGCUGCAAAUGUGAACUGUAUAUACAAAUCUUAGCUUGUUUUCUUUGAUUUCUGCUUUGGCUCUUAAUAGAUUAAAAGAGUAAAGUAUGAAAUUCGAACUUUUGAAAUGGAGUGUCUAUAAGCAAUCUUAUCCCCUUCUGAAGAUUAAAGAAGCA